AUGGCAGAUGUAUUUCACGCGAUUUCCCUUCAUCGUCGUUAUUCCAUUCUACCAUUUUUGGAUGGCAACGUUCGCGAGUUUUCUGAUACCUGCCCAAGUAAUGAAUUCUUAUUCGGAAAAACAUUCCCGGACCAAUGGAAAUCCGCAAGUGAAGCUCAACGAUUAGGCUUUUCAAUCAAGAAGAAAGAAAAAGCCCUAGGAACAGCAUCUUCCAAACCAGUCAUCUAUAAGAAAUUGGAGCCCAAGCCAGGUUCGUCGAGGGUCUCGUCGUCUUUAAACUCCCGGCGCCAGCAACACAAAUCUCGCAUAAAAAACGAGGAAGAGAGGUUUCGUUCAGCAAUAUCAUACCGGAAGCAUUAUAGCACUGGGGAUCCGGCUACAUCUGCAGCCUAUAGAGCUGGAGUUUAUAUUGAAAUGAUAAGAGAGAGGGCUGGUUGGACACAAAAAUCAGAAAUUUUUGCUAAGUUUUAUAAUCGCCCUCUUUGUAGUGAUGUUACGGCCUUUGCUAAAGGUAUCUUAAGUUUAACCUAAGUUUUAUAGUUUCCUAUGGAUUAAAAGAGUUUGAUCAAAUUAUACACAACUUUUUGAACCAUUAGAAAAGAGUGUAGUGAACUGGUUAUAAUAUAAUAAUUUGUAUUAGAGGAUAUUAUUAUUAAAUCAUUUUGUUUAGUUUCCUCUAUUAGAUCUUUAC